AACGGCUGAAUUGUAGGUCACUUCGACCUGUGUAGUUACAUGUAGCCAUAGUAGCUUGUCCUCAAUACUAAAUUAGUGACCAGGAUUUUCACUAGAGAUGUGGUUGAAUGUUGCGGGCAGGUGCAUAGAAAUAUCCCACUUCUCCUUGUCAAAAAAAGGCGUAAAAUCUCGGAGCUAACUCGCUGUACACGGGGGCGUUCAGCCUAGAGCAAAAACUUCCGCAAGGACUUUUUUCAGGGUUUAAAUUCACGCAAAAAUUCCCAAAAUGGAGAUCCACGAAGGGGCAGCGGCAGCAGGCGACAGCGUGCUUGACUUUUCCCACUUGAGUCUGAACACUUUUAGCGUUGACACUAUCAGCGAGGAAAGGAAAAGGGACACCAAACAGCUCUACCUGAACUACAACCGGCUACCGUCGCUCCCCUCGUCAAUCAGCCUAUUCUGCAACCUCGAGUUUUUGGACAUCAGCAACAACGGACUGUCGGCCAUCUGUGAGGGCAUUACGCGACUGAGCAGGCUGAAAACACUGAUAGCGAAGAACAACCGCCUGGACGAGUUUUCGCUGCCCAAAGAGUUCGGCUCUCUGCAGCUGGAGGUGUUGAACUUCAGUGGGAACCGAUUUGAGGAGAUCCCGCUUCAGUGUAUGAAGCUGCUGCGUCUGCAGUCGCUUUCACUCGGCGGAAACAGACUGAAAAGUAUACCUGCAGAGAUAGAAAAUCUAACCAGUCUGGAGCUGUUGUAUCUGGGUGGAAACCUCAUCUCAGCUAUUCCUCCAGAAGUGGCCAACCUGCCCUACCUGAGCUACCUGGUCCUAUGUGACAACCGCAUCCAAAGUGUCCCCCCGCAGCUCACCAGGCUUCACUCGCUGCGAUCUUUAAGUCUCCACAACAACUUGCUCACUUAUCUGCCGAGGGAGAUCCUCUGCCUGGUGCACCUGCAAGAGCUCAGUCUCCGGGGCAACCCGCUGGUGGUGCGCUUUGUCAAGGAGAUGACCUACGACCCCCCGUCAUUGCUAGAGUUAGCAGGACGUACUGUUAAGAGCAGAAAUAUUCCCUAUUCCCCCUGCGACCUGCCCUCAAACCUGGUGCGCUACCUUGACUUGGCCAGCAAGUGCCCCAACCCCAAGUGUGCCGGCGUCUACUUUGAUUCAUGCGUGCGCCAGAUCAAAUUUGUGGACUUCUGUGGAAAGUACCGGCUGCCCCUCAUGCACUACCUGUGCUCCCCAGAAUGCACCUCUCCCUGCAGCUCCAACCCCCCAAGCGAUGCGUCGGAAUCAGAGGAUGAGAGCAGCGUGCCCGCUUACCGCCUGCAGCGGGUGCUUCUGGGAUAGUACGACAUGGAGGAGCCCCUGACUCUCUCAUCUGGCCAAGCCCAGCCCAAUCAGUCUUUCACUGUGUUCAGCAUUUAUACAGAGAUGAACUUGGCUGUCAGACUUUACUACACAUAAACACACACAAAAACACUAAUACCGUUCUACAGGCAGGCUAAGUGGAGGUAUCUAACACACAGAAUGUGAGCAGCACUUCCCACUGUGGCCCUGAAAACAUUGUUUUUUGAAUGGAAUCCCUCACUCACCACACACCACUCUACAUAACAUGAGUCAAAGAAACAUAUCUCCCAUGUAGCCUUGCAAAUCCUAUCUGUCAGUCAUGGCUCCAUGAGGGUGCUGGUCUCAUGGUUGACCAUAGGAGGGCAGUAAAACUCAGUGAAGACUGAAGGAGCGUCAGGAUUCUUCUUUCUGUUUGUUCAGGGCAGCAUACUUUAUCCUUCAUAGGACAUGUGGUGCUUUUAGGUAGCUACAGCACAUUAUUCUAAUAUCUGCAUUUUCUGAAAGUUUGGAUAUGAACAAUGUGGGUUUUGUCCAACUGCUAGUUACACACAGCCUACUUUCAUUGAAAUGUCUCUUACCAGGUGAGCAUCAAAGCUGCUUUGCCAACUAAGAAAAAAGGUCUGGGUCAGCAGAAACAUUACAGUAUUCUGAAUUGAUUGAGUACAAUGUGUGAGAUGGCCUUAUUUACGCUGUGUGUGGUCCUGCUGGGGGAAUGUUUCAUGCAGUAAAGCUGUACAACGCAAUAUCAAAAGACCAAGGUUUAUCUGUUUUUGCAGCACCGUGGUCAUAGCACACCAGCCUUCAAAAAUUUGUCGUUUUAAAUUAACCCAGAGUAUGGGUUAUGUGAGGAUGUGGAAGAAGGCUUGUCCAGGCUUACUCACAGGAAGUGGAUGUGGGGUGGACCAGGGAAAACCGUUCACUAUGCUAGCACAGAAACAAUAGCUAUUCAGCAAAACACAGUGGCAGCCUUCAUGUUUAUGUUGAGGGCUGUCUGUUUUCUGUCUGCAUACGAAUAUAGAUGUGUGUUAACAGAGAGUUUGCGUUUUCUCAAUUGACUUUUUUUUUUUUUUUAAACAGAAGGUUGUUCAUUUCUAACAGGAAAUUACUGUUUCUGUUCCUUGUUACAUCUCUGCUUCAUCUUCCUGCUUGUUUGGAAAGCUGGGAGAUUUUAUACCCUCUCAGGCAGUUCAUGUCCAUAAAUGAGAAGGAGGAAAAACUACCCCUGGCUUCACAAUAGACUGAAGUGUUUAGAAAACAGAAGACCGCUCCUCUAUGUUACAGUCACACCUAUGCUAAAGCAUUUUAUAAUGGUGACUUCUAACACAGCGAAACAGAGUUUGAAGAAACAUGUAUAUAGUGAUAUAUGCACCCUUAAAUGUGAUAAGAUUAACAUUAUGAAUUAUAAAAUCCUUUUUUGAGUGAUUUUGUAGUCAUCAGCUUAACAAAAGUAACGAGAAAAAGUAACUGCUUUUAUAGAAAUCCUUUUUCAAAUGUUUGAAUGCACUACAUGUUUAAAUGAUCUGCAGAAUAGACGGCACUUAACAUAAGAUAUAUUGAGAUAUAUUAGCUGUAUUUACUUGUACUCCAUUCAGAUAAUGUAAGUAGACUGUACAGAUUAUAAUAACAAUAAAGACUGAUUGCAAAAUCUUUCAA